AUGGACACGACAACAACAACAACAGCAACGACGGGCAGCAGCUCGACGGGCAGCAGCAAAAGCAACAGCAGCAGCAACUCUUCCACUGGAAAUGGCGGCUGUCCAUGUUCCACGGCAAGCAUUACGGUUGUUGCUGCCGGCGUUGCCAGCACGCCCACAAAUCACAACGAACAACCGCAAACAAAACGGCAGAAAAUUGAUAAACAAAUACGCUUAGUGGGCGCCAUCAAAUCACCGCCCGAUAUAUUGGAUGGGACGGAUCUAAUGGAUGCCAAUGGCAAUAAUAAAACGCAUCAUUUAUGCUCCUCCUCCUUAUCAUCGUCAUGUUCCACCCACUCACAUUCGGGCAGCACAAACAAUUCACCGACGACGACGCCGUGCAAUUCUCGUGCCGCUUCCUAUGCCCAAUUACAGAAUUUAGUCAACACAAUCUUGCCACAACAGCCACAGCAGGCGCACGAUGAAGUGGAUCGUGCAACGCAACUAACCGAACUUCUAAGGAAGGAGCAACCACUGACAGGCUGCUCCUCCUCCAACUCAGUCUCCGCCUCCAACUCCACCACCAAUUCCUCCGCCAUCGAUGAUAUGCUGGAAUUUGAGCAAUCGCUGACGCGUCAGUGCCUGUGCGGCGUUUCAGAGCGUACGCUGAGGAAACCAUUUCAAUCGCACUAUUCCCACGACUCGAAUGGCCAAAAGCGGAUUGCCUAUCUCCGGGAAUGGCCCACAAAUAAACUGUUGCAAUUUCUCUCCAAUUUACAGCUACUCUUUGACAUAUAUUUGAAGCAGAACGCCAAGGGUUAUAUUUGUACACGGAUUAUGGAUGUUUGCGAUGCUUUAAUACGCAACGAUCACAAGCUAAUCGAUGAAAUCAUUGUUUUAGCUGGCUAUAAUAAUGCUUAUGUCCAGUUCCUGGCUGGACGUGUGCUGGCUGCUUUCUUGGUCAUUGCCAAGCAGGAGCUGAACGACGAGUGGCUGCAAAAGAUUGUGGAUCAGUUGUUUAACUAUGAUCUACUCGAUCAGGCGGCAGUGCAGAAAAUCCACUUUAGUUUGGACAUUAUUAAGCGCAUUGUCGAGUGGAAGGAUGUGGAGCUGCAUCCGCUGGAGGAGGAUUGCAGCACGGCGCUGACAACGAGUGGAGUUGGCGUUGGAGCAGCUACAGCAACAGGCAAUUCGUCUUCAGCUGAUGCCUCCCUUAGCUAUAUGCACUUUCCGGUGCAACAUCCGCCGCUGGCUAAUAAUUAUUUCGCGCUGCAAUUUCGUGAUAUGACGGGAGAUACGCCAGAUGAUGAUCACCGGCAAGGAUUCAACGAUAGCAAUCGUAAUCCUUACGAUAAUAAUAGUACAACAACGACUAGCAGUAAUAAUUAUGUGCCACCCAAUGGUUGUCAUGUGGUCGCCUUAACUGAUUCGGAGAGCUUUGAUACGACGCAUCUGAAAUGUGUCACCAUCCAAAAGUUGGAGCACAAAUGGCCAACGCUUGUGAAGCAUAUGUCGGAAUUGAUGUCACCGCUGCAUCAGCAACGUGCCGAGCAUUGCGUGCUCAAUUUCCUGCAGCUCUGGGAGAACAUCAUAUCGGUCAAGGCCAAUCUCUCGAUAGAUGAAACGCGUCCCUUCUACGCACAGCUGGAUAAAUUUGAACUGCUGCUCAGUCACAAUCUAUCCUGCACGGUCUACAAGCAGAUGCUGUGCCUAUUUAAUGAGGCGCUGUGUUACGGUUCCACGCUGGCGCUGCAGGACAUGCUGCCCGAGGAGACCUGCAAGUUGGCCCACCAAAUUGUCUGCCAUGUACGCAGUUUGCGCAUACUCGAAUCCCUGCCGCGACGACAACCGGAAAAUAUCGUCGGACUCAUUGGUUAUAAUGGCGUGCCCAUUAAUUAUGUGAAUGGUUCACUAAUCGCCUCCAUUUCACGCGAGGAUUCGGCAAGUGGCGGUGGCGACCUCAUCGAAAUGGAUAAAACGGUGCUGCAGAAAAUGGUGCUACUCGUCCUAAAAUCAAUAGCAGUCACCGUCAAAGAGAUACGCAGCGAUUCCUCAGAUUCCUCCAUUGAUUCCACAGACUAUGAUGCAUUUCAGGAUAUUUUGCUCAUAGAGAGAUCUAUACGGGAUGUGCUCAGCAAGCUGGAGACGUUCAUCAAGCAAACACUCGAAUUUCAUCCGGAAUGUCAUUUCAGUAAGAUCUUGAUCCAUCUGUUCGAUGAUCAGGAUGACCAUUUGAUUGAGGCAAUGGUCUGCACACUGGAUGUCACCUCCGGCAUCUCGUUUCGAAAUAAUGCGUUUCCCGAGCUGGUCGCCAUGCUCAAUCCUGUCUACACAUUUCUCGAGUUCCUCAAGAUGACAUCGAAUAGCUCCGAUUUGUUGCUCGAUCUGCUUGUGAGCAAUGAGACGUGUUUUCUGCUCUAUUUGCUGCGACUGUUGAAAUACAUACGCAUGAAUUGGACAAUGUUUGUCCAUAGUUGUCAUAGCUUUGGCAUGGGCAAUGCCAUGCUCGAUGAGGCGAUGGGUGUCCUAAUCCGUCUCCGGCUGCAAAUAUCGCGUCUCGUCUCGCGUCAACUAUAUCCGUAUGAUAUAUCGCCCGUGCUGCGGCUGCUCGAGAGCUGCGAGAGCCUCUACGAGGGCAAUGAGCUUAGCUAAAGUCUAUACAUACAUAUAUAUAGAUUUAUAUAUAUAAUGAUAAUAAUUAAUAUUUCACAGCAAUUAAAAUACGUAAUUUAUUUUUGUAUUUGUAAUGUUUAAUAGGAGAAAACACAUUUAGCACAAAAUUCGAUA